CCCCUCUCCGCCCCAGGCGCCGCCCGCCGCCGAGGCCGCCCCGGUUUCGAUUCCCGCCGUCCGGUCGCGGCCAGCCGAGGCGACGAGGAAAGAUGAGCGACCCGGCGGUGUGCUGCUACCUCACCAAGACGCUGUGCGCCCACGGCGGGCGGCUGGGGCUGACGGAGUUCCAGCAGCUCGUCGGCCUCUCGGCCCAGCAGCUGGGGGAGACGCUGUCGGCGGCGGGUCCCCAGCGGUUCCUGGUGGUGCGGGACGGCGACCCCUCGGUGCUGGCCGUGUCGGGCGUGCGGGUCUGCGUCCGCAAGGAGUGCGGGGGCUGCGAGGGGCUGCACCUCUGCAAGGCACACCUCAUGGGCAAGUGCGGGCUGGGCUCCAGAUCUUGUAAGUACUCGCAUGACAUCAUCAAUGCUGAGAACAAAAAGGUUCUAAAGUCCCAUGAGCUGUCUUGCCUCGAUGAGAGUGAUCUGCGAGUCCUGCUUCUCCAAAAUGACCCUUUCUUCCUCCCUGAUGUCUGCCAGUUUUACAACAGAAAAGAUGAUGCCUGCAGACAGCAAAACAAUUGCAACAAGCUUCAUGUUUGUCGACACUUUCUCCAUGGGGAAUGUAGAUUUUUUCCAUGCAAGAGGUCCCAUAACCUCUUGACUACCCGUGCAUUGAGACUGUUGGAAAAGGAAGGCAUUGAUGUGAACAUAGCUUCAAACAUCCAGACUAUAUAUGAUCACAAGCAUGUGGAAUUCAACAAGGAACUGAAGAAGGGGAAAAUACAGUACCACAAACCAGGAGAAAAUUUAUUGAAAAAAACAGCAGAUAGAAGGAGUAAAGAACUGACGGGACCUUUGCAAACACCGCACACACCACCUUCAGAAGGUAAAUAUCUAAGUCCUGGUAGCCAUGUACCUGGUCAGAGCCAAUGCCAGUUGCCAACAGGAGCUGGAGGUAAAGACAAAGAUAAAAAAGACAAUUCCUCUGCUAAAGCUUUGAAGGAUGACAAAGAAGAUAAUUCUGAUGAAAUAUGCGUGUUUCAUGUCUGGAAGUUCUGCAAACAUAAAGAUAAAUGCAAAUCUGUUCAUUACCAUUUGCCGUAUCGAUGGCAGUUAUAUAACGGGAUCACCUGGUGUGACCUUUCCAUGAUGGAGGAGAUUGAAAAGGCCUAUUGUGACCCAAAAAACAGCAGCACAGCAGAUAGGAACAUUAAUUUCGAGACAAUGACCUGCCGUUCUCUUUCACUUCGACGCCUCUCUACACCAUCAUCAGUCACAAAACCCACAUUUGUGUUGACUACACAGUGGAUUUGGUAUUGGAAGAAUGACCAAGGCCAGUGGAUUGAAUAUGGAGAACAGGGAGAAGAGAAUAGUGUGAAUGCGCCAUCUUCUGCUAUUAUUGAGAAUUUGUAUCUAGCAGAUCCAGAUGCCACCAUAUCUUUUCAGGCUGGCUUGCAUCAUUACCAGCUCAAUUUUAAAGAAAUGACCCAGACAAACAUCUCUUAUGGAACUCAAAGACGAGUCUGCAGGCGACCAAAGUUUUUGUCUUCUGAAGAUGUACAGAAGAUAAAGAAAGGCCAGAGGGAUUCUUCUAUUCCAAAUCAAGCCUGUCCUACCCACUGGGAUCAAUCUGCACUGCCUGAGUUGGGAUACAAGACAGUGGAGCUCAGUAACACAACUCCGGAAUACGAUGAAAUAAAACAGCUGUUUCAUCAGACUAUGAAAGGCUACAAUGUCCUUAAAAUACGGAGGGUUCAGAAUCCGUCCCUCUGGAAAGUGUUUCAGUGGCAAAAGGAGCAGAUGAAAAGGGAAAAUGGAGGGAAGGAAGUCAAUGAAAAGCUUCUGUUCCACGGAACCAAGACCUCCUUUGUGGAAUCCAUCUGCAUUCACAACUUUGACUGGAGAAUUUGUGGAAGCAAUGGAACUAACUAUGGAAAAGGAAGUUACUUUGCUAGAGAUGCUUCCUAUUCCCAUGCGUACUGUCAGCCUGAAGUGAAAACAAGCACCAUGUUCGUGGCUCGUGUAUUGGUUGGAGAUUAUGUGAAAGGCAACUCAGCCUACGUUCGCCCCCCAACAAAGUCUGCUGAUGGGCUUCGCUUUUAUGACAGCUGUGUGGAUGAUGAGUUAAAUCCCUCCAUUUUUGUUGUCUUUGAAAAAUACCAGAUUUACCCAGAGUAUGUGAUAGAUUAUAAGGCGGGAGAGAGAUGUGUUAUAUCUUAAAAGAAUCAGAGCUGU